AUGGACGACUGUGCCAGGCAGUGUUUACUGCAGAAUUGUUCUUCAAUCGAGUGGACCUCGUCCUCUGACAGUUGUCUCAUGAACUCACUUAAUCUUUAUGAUGAGCCCAGCGCCAUGAGACAAGACCCCAACGUCGUUCUACUUAAUUUAAACAAGGACUACUGCGUCGAUGAUAUGAUGUUAACGGUAGAAAAAGAACAAAUUGAUGGACUCAAUACAUCUGGCGGAGUGACCAUGGGUCUAUUGGACACGGACCACGCCUUUCUCCUGGCCAUGACUUCCGUCCCCGAAAUGCAGAUAAAUCUUCGAGCUCGUAGUGCAAUUCGUGCUUUGGUUACUCAGGGGGAGCGGGGCACGACAAACUGGUUGACCAGCUACACGCUUGAGCAUAGCGAAGAUGGAAUUGUUUGGGAAAAAGUGACCGAUAACAAUGGGACAGAGAUUGAGUUUGAAGGCAAUACUGAUGCGGAGACCAAGGUUAUAAACAGACUACCUACCAUUGUGUUGACAAGACAUCUCCGCAUCAUAGCUGUGAACUGGACCGGAGCACCUGCCUUCAGACUUGGCAUACAAAGCUGUGAAGCCAUCACAAUGCGAUACCAACUGAACUACACGUUUCCGGCACUGGGAGUUUAUAACGUGCAAAUGAACUGUUCCAAUGUACUAACUGAAAACCAGUCAGUUUCUGCGGACGUCUUUGUGCCGGUCGAAAGCAAGAUAACGAGUUUUGAGUGGUUAGAAGUAGGGCCUGUGACAUUCGGAGAGAACGCCACCAUCCGAGUCCGGGCUGACAGUGGCAACAAUGUCGUUAUUAAGGGUACGCUAAACGAAACUGUCCUGACGGCUGGUUUCUAUAACGACACGUCGCAAGAGGGUACAUUGCUCCUUAAAGCAGACGAUUACAAGACCAUUGGUCAUUAUCAACUGCUGGUGGUGAUGGAUAAUUUCGUAAGCGACCCGGUUGAAAAUCUGACUGAGUUAUGGGUGGAUUAUCGUAUAGAAAACCUUACCGUGCAGACGACAGAAUACUCGGUUGCUACAGGUUCUGAAGUGAAUGUCACUGUCUCAGUUGGUCAGGGAUCGAGGUUACAGAUACAAACUGGUGUGGCGUUACAGAGUUACAUGGAAUAUUUUGAAAUGCUCACAGCAAAUGAUACCAUUACGUAUAUUUUUAAUCUCAGUGACGUUGGCAUAAUAACUAUACCCGUGCAUGUCUCAAACCCAGUUUCAGAAGCUCUCAGAAACGUGUCAUUUAAGGUGCAAAGGCCGGUGUCAAAUAUGGAAUUCUCGGCUCUUCAAAAUAUCCAUCCAAUAUAUCCAAACGCUGACGCCACAAUUACGUUUUCUGUUGCCUGUAACGUUGAUGACGUGCUUUUACCAACUAACGCCAGCGCAGAAUUCGACUUCGGUGACAAUAAAACGGCCACAGAGACUCUUACCUCCUUUGUCGACAAUACCUUCCUCGUCUCCGUAAUGAAUAGUACUAACGCCUGGCUUUACAGUCACAACUACAGCACCAAGGGGACAUACAUAACCACGCUCAAUGUGUCCAACGACAUCAACAACAUGUUUUUGUUGACAGAAGUGGUCAUAGAAGAAUAUAUAAUCGGGCUGAGCAUAGGUGUGAAUUCGCGCCAUGCCAGAGUGAACGAGCUGGUGUCUCUGAACGGCACAAUAGACUGGGGCUCAGACCAUGUGUACAACUGGAACCUAGAAAAUGGUAUUCCAGAAGGAAUGUAUACCACCAAUUCUACUGCCUCAAGUUCAAUUUUUCACAGGUUUAGAAUGCCCGGGGUGUAUAAUAUUUCAUUGACUGCUUCCAAUCAAGUCAACCAGAUGACCGUGUUUGACUCAAUCAUCGUGCAGCAUCCGAUUCAGAAUCUAUCAAUAUCAGGACGCAAGUUUUCCCUCCGCCCAAUUCCAGAAGGGAAGGUCAAUGCAACGUUCGCGCUUCAAGUCGAAGCACCGCUCCCUACAGAUGCCAUUUUUGAAGUGGAAUUUGGAGAUGACACCCCACCCAUCACAAUGCGAUACCAACUGAACUACACGUUUCCGGCACUGGGAGUUUAUAACGUGCAAAUGAACUGUUCCAAUGUUCUAACUGAAAACCAGUCAGUUUCUGCGGACGCCUAUGUGCCGGUUGAAAGCAAGAUAACGAGUUUUGAGUGGUUAGAAGUAGGGCCUGUGACAUUCGGAGAGAACGCCACCAUCCGAGUCCGGGCUGACAGUGGCAACAAUGUCGUUAUUAAGGGUACGCUAAACGAAACUGUCCUGACGGCUGGUUUCUAUAACGACACGUCGCAAGAGGGUACAUUGCUCCUUAAAGCAGACGAUUACAAGACCAUUGGUCAUUAUCAACUGCUGAUGGUGAUGGAUAAUUUCGUAAGCGACCCGGUUGAAAAUCUGACUGAGUUAUGGGUGGAUUAUCGUAUAGAAAACCUUACCGUGCAGACGACAGAAUACUCGGUUGCUACAGGUUCUGAAGUGAAUGUCACUGUCUCAGUUGGUCAGGGAUCGAGGUUACAGAUACAAACUGGUGUGGCGUUACAGAGUUACAUGGAAUAUUUUGAAAUGCUCACAGCAAAUGAUACCAUUACGUAUAUUUUUAAUCUCAGUGACGUUGGCAUAAUAACUAUACCCGUGCAUGUCUCAAACCCAGUUUCAGAAGUUCUCAGAAACGUGUCAUUUAAGGUGCAACGGCCGGUGUCAAAUAUGGAAUUCUCGGCUCUUCAAAAUAUCCAUCCAAUAUAUCCAAACGCUGACGCCACAGUUACGUUUUCUGUUGCCUGUAACGUUGAUGACAUGCUUUUACCAACUAACGCCAGCGCAGAAUUCGACUUCGGUGACAAUAAAACGGCCACAGAGACUCUUACCUCCUUUGUCGACAAUACCUUCCUCGUCUCCGUAAUGAAUAGUACUAAUGCCUGGCUUUACAGUCACAACUACAGCAGCAAGGGGACAUACAUAACCACGUUCAAUGUGUCCAACGACAUCAACAACAUGUUUUUGUUGACAGAAGUGGUCAUAGAAGAAUAUAUAAUCGGGCUGAGCAUAGGUGUGAAUUCGCGCCAUGCCAGAGUGAACAAGCUGGUGUCUCUGAACGGCACAAUAGACUGGGGCUCAGACCAUGUGUACAACUGGAACCUAGAAAAUGGUAUUCCAGAAGGAAUGUAUACCACCAAUUCUACUGCCUCAAGUUCAAUUUUUCACAGGUUUAGAAUGCCCGGGGUGUAUAAUAUUUCAUUGACUGCUUCCAAUCAAGUCAACCAGAUGACCGUGUUUGACUCAAUCAUCGUGCAGCAUCCGAUUCAGAAUCUAUCAAUAUCAGGACGCAAGUUUUCCCUCCGCCCAAUUCCAGAAGGGAAGGUCAAUGCAACGUUCGCGCUUCAAGUCGAAGCGCCGCUCCCUACAGAUGCCAUUUUUGUGGUGGAAUUUGGAGAUGGCACCCCAUCUCAACCUGCGACUGGGCUGCUGUGCAACUUUUCCUCGGCAGAUAAGUGUCUUGAAGUUUCUCACAUCUUUACCCAGCCUGGUGAUUUCACAGUUACCGUGUUCGCAUGGAAUCUCGUCAGUAACGUCACCGCCCACUUUAACCACAGCGUAUUUGACAAAAUCAGUGGACUGCACAAGGUCCUGUUCUACGGAAACGAUUCCUCUGGCGGGCAUGGUGACAGUCACAUUUACUUUCCAUCCCAUGAACCGAUCACCUUUGUAUCCAACCAGACCUCAGGAACCGACUUGACAUAUUUUUGGGACUUUGACGAUGGGUCUGUGCAUAGUACCACUGUUAAUGAGGUGAUUCAUGUUUACUCUGAACCAAAGGAGUACGCUGUCACACUAAAUGCGUCAAACCCCAUGGAUUCUGAAGUCAUUACCAAGCACAUUGUCAUUCAGAGAGCAGUUAAUAUGGUAGAACUAAAUGAAACAGGACCCCACGCAACCAACGAAAGCUAUAAGUUUUUCAUUUGGACAGACACGAUGCCAACUAACGCCUCCUAUUGUGUCUUCUUUGAUGUCCCUCGACUGCAGUGGCAAAAGAGAUGUUUUGGAAACGUAGAUCAUUGUUCACGGGCGUGUGGUGAUUACCCGUACUCUGGAGACGUCAGUAAUGGGUUUACCAAUAGCUUCCGCUCCGUUGGAAAAUUCACUGUAAAUGCUACUGUUUCUAAUAUGGUGUCUACGAAGUCUACAUCUACCAUGUUUAUCGUCACUAAAGGACCCUGCGCCAUUCCCAAAGUUGAUAUAAAGGAGCCUAACCAAUGUCUUGAUCUUUGUGACGGCCAAAAGCGGAAGGUCUUCUACCGUUCAAACCCAGUCAUCAUUUCGUCCUCCGUCCGAUUGAACUGCACCAGCUCACCCACAGCAAACUACAUUUGGGGCGUGAAUUGGUAUAACACAAGUAUUGAGCAAUGGCAAGAUAUGUCUCGUUUGUUCAGCAACCUCAGCAUUGCAUUCAACAGCACUUACUUAAACAGGUUGGAGAUACCCAAAAACGUACUUUUGUAUGGCAUCUAUAAUUUCACUCUAAACGUCUCAAUGGUUAAUGAAAUCAAUCUUUGGCAAAUGGACAGCGUUUUGGUGGCUUUAAAUGCAACGCCGAUGAGUGUGAUAGGCGGCGGUUCGUAUACCCGUCUAGAGUACGGCGCGAACUAUACAAUGAACCCUCUCCAAUAUCUCCGAGAUCCUGACAAUCCGAUAUCUGCCGAGGACAAUUCUCUGGUCUCCAUCGACUGGUUCUGUGAGGUACCUUGCAGAGAUUCACCUGGCAAAUGCGGAUGUUUUCAAGAAGGGAAGCAGGGUGACAAUCCAGGCAAGCUUCCAACACCAUGGGUUCCAAAGGAGGGUCGUGAUGGAGAUGUUAUUAACUACAACGUCGUGAACUUCACUAUGACAAUAGUGAGCGUGUUACUGUACCAAGAGAAUGGAACCCACAGUUUCUGGGCCGUGGUAAAAAAGGUUGACCCUUUGACCGGUUUCACGAGAAACAGUCCAAAUAUCACAAUGGACGUGUUUCUGACGCAGGGUGAUCCACCAGAGACAACAAUAGAAUGUGCUACUAACUGCAUGGAAAAAGUGAACCCAUUCAGCAAGUUUUCGCUUCGGUCAGUCAUUGCUGGCUUCGUGAAAGGAGUGUUGUACAACUACGAAUGGAACAUGCACGAUAAGCUUUCGAACCAGUCCCUGGUUGAAAAUCUUCAUAAUUCGUGGGACAGAGGGGAGUGGCGGAGUAAAACGGCUACUGGGCUGGAUUCCGCAAACCUGGCUAUAAACAAAGACACUUUCGAGGGACGUUACCAGGAGUACUUUAUAAUAUCUUUGAAAGCGUACCGUCGUAGCAGCGGACCAGCCAAUUUUGGAAUGGCAACGUAUGUAAUAUUAAUCAACGAACCGCCUGUCGCAGGGAACUGCACCGUGUCUCCAAACAAUGGGACCUCCUUGCAGACCAAGUUCUCAAUUAAGUGUCAAGGAUUUAGCGACAAGGACGCACCUUUGAGCUAUGAGUUUGGACAACGUCUUAGCAGCGGUGUGGUAUGGUUCGAUCAAAAUGUAUUACCAAGUACCAAUAAAGGUGUAUGGUUGUCUCCAGGCAGACAAGAGGACGACUUUAAAACAAGCAUUGUGGUCCGUGUCAAAGAUCACAUACAAACCCACAUAGACGUAGACUUCCAGGUCAAGGUUGAGCUACCAGAUAUGGAACCAACAGAAUUUGAUAACUUUCUUUCGGGGGAAGAAGGAAUCAUUGCACAGAGCAAAAAGGCCAAAGACAUUCAGGCCAUGAUUCAAAUCAGUUUUGCGGCAACUUCCAUAUUGGACAAGAAUGAAGAUGAAUCUGGCGGUGGUGACAGUAGUGGGAGUCCUUCCCAGUCCCGAAAGCUUAAGGAAGACAUAAUCGAGGGACUGACCAGUAUUGACCCUGCACCUAACGUUCAAAGCGCCAGGCAGUUUUCUCAGGCACUUGGAAAGGUGACAAACAAAAGAGAAGAUUGUUCUGACAAAAUUCAGGAAGAUUCUAAUCAAGCUUUGUCCAAAGUUGUUGAUAUUGUCAGCGACCAAGCUGGUGACAAGGAUGUUGAUGGGGACUCGCUCGACUUAUGCGCAUAUGAAAUGUUCUCAACCAUUGGUAAUCUUUUUGAUGCAACCAGUGGCAUAGAGGGUACAAAUGAACACGCCACGACCCCAGCUAACAGUGGUCAAUCUGAUGACAGCAGUUCAAAUAACAGGGCCAAAUAUUUCUCAGAGCAGCUCGAGCAAAAUUUGGAUAAAUUAUCCGAUGCUAUACUUAAGAAAAAGGUAUCUGGUGAAACAGCGUCCAAUUUUACUACUCCUAAACUCUCCGUUACCCUUUACAAAAGUUUCACCACAGGAUUAGACAAUGCUACUUUCCGAACUGGGGGCUGCGGCUCAUUUAAAAUCGGAUCCAUGGAAGGAAUAUUUAAGAACGGAAACAGUACACCGUACUUCGUUCAAGGAAAGGCUCUGUUCCAAGAGCACAAUACCAGAAAUUGGGCAGAGGGGUCGGACGGAAUCAAAAGCAAUGUUUUAGCACUAGAUUUUAAGGACGAAGAUGGGAUCCGCGUCGUUGUGAGUGACAGACCGGAAGAAAUCGAGGUUUGGAUCAAGCAAAAGGGGGACAAUGCUUCUGUUAAUGAAGUUCACGGUAACACCAGCAGGUUGGACGACCCAAUGGGAGUGCACAUAAUUCCAAUUCCGCAGUAUGCUGCCGUGUUCCUAAAGAUAAGAAGAGCUGAAAAUGGCAACAUAUCAGGAAAUUCGACCAAUGCUACUAGUGAGGAUCCUAUGGAGCCACUUAAAUUUAUUCUGUACGUCAAGAAAGGUAGUAAACCAACCGAAGAAUCACAUGAUUGGAAUUGCACGGUGGUGACGUCACUGAUGCUUGAUGAUAUUACAGACGAAUGUGGCCAAAAGGAUAAGUUGAGUUUGGACACUUGCUUCUUUGAUCACCAUACACUGAAUAUAUCGUCAACUGAAAGUUUAUAUGUAUCCCUACGAUCCUAUGGCAGCAAUGAAACAGGAAACGGUACAUCUGCAGAUAUUGCAUCAGAGGAAGUCCUCGAUCUGUUGAACUCCAGCGAUCUGUUCAACACCAGUGUGUCAGCCCACUAUACAAUGGAAGUUUUCACAACUACGUGUGUGUACUUUGACCCCGAAGCGGACAAGUGGUCCGCGUCCGGAUGUAGGGUAGGCCAGCUGUCGUCCAUUCAAGCGACGCAGUGUUUCUGCAACCAUCUGACAUCAUUUGCCGCUACCUUUUUCGUUCCAAUGAACACCUUUGAUCCUGCAAAAUCUGUCUUCUCAAAUAUCAAUUAUUUGAAUGACAAUCCCCUCGUAUUCACGUUCUGUAUUUCGGCUGUGGCUGUGUAUAUUGUUCUUGUGAUAUGGGCAAGGAAGGCGGACAAGAUGGAUGUUCUGAAGACUGGUGUGUUACCUCUCCCAGAUAACGAGCCUCAUCACACAUAUGGCUACGAGGUGACGGUAUGGACAGGACACAGGAGAGGAGCAGGAACGACGGCCCAUGUCUCAUUUAUCCUGACAGGAGAUCAAAAUGAGACCGAUCCACGAACAUUCCACUGCGUCCACCGCAAGAUUCUAAAACGUGAAAGCAUAGAUUCUUUCCUAAUGACAACCAGUAAGCCCCUGGGUAAACUGUCCCAUCUCAGAAUUUGGCAUGAUAACCAUGGCAACAGCCCCUCGUGGUACUUCAGCAGAAUGCUGGUCGAGGAUCUGCAAUCUAAUGAGAAGUACUACUUCAUAUGUAAUCGCUGGCUGGCAGUGGAGGAGGACGACGGAAUGGUAGACAGAAUCAUUCCAGUGGCAGGAAGAGUAGAACUGGUCAGUUUUGACCACCUAUUUUGGACGAAGACGCGGAGAAAUCUGUACGAUGGUCAUAUCUGGAUCUCAGUUGUCAACCGCCCUCCACGCAGCCGGUUCACCCGUGUCCAGCGCCUCACUUGCUGCGUGUCUCUACUUUUCUGCACCAUGGCGACCAAUAUCAUGUUUUAUGGACAAGAAGAUAAAGUUGAAAAGCCAGAAGUGAUCCGACUAGGCCCGGUGACCGUAACUCUACAAUCUAUCUACAUAGGAGUCGUCAGUAGUUUGAUUGUCUUUCCAAUAAACCUGAUAAUUGUCUCGUUUUUCCGCUACUCUGGUCCUAGAACGCCCAAGAAAAGGCCUUCUGUUUCGGAGAGUAACCUCGAUCUUCAAGAAAACCAGCACGAUAACCAGGACGCCGAAAACAUUCAAGAGCUCCAACAGCAGGCGAAUUGCCUCGGCAACGAUGACGGUGAAAAGGGGGAAAGGCCAUUAACAACAACUCCAGUUGGGUCCAGUCAAAUCAACGUCGUAGCCCCACUUUCUCCAAAGUACCCUCCACGCUCGCCACUCGUUCAGGGCAGUGAAAAGAAAGAGAAGAAAAAAUUUCAUUUUCCGUGGUGGGUGAUAUUCAUCGCCUAUGGUUUAUCCUUUGCGUCCGUGGGUGGGUCAUUGUACUACUGCACAGAGAUAGCGUUUACAUUUGGACCGGAGAAGUCGAAAGAUUGGCUCGUGUCCCUUAUCGUGGGAUUAGUGGAAUCUGUUUUGAUGCUACAACCUGUUAAGGUGAUUAUCCUAGCCAUGGUUUACGCUAUCAUUAUAAAGAAGCCGGAUAAGGAUGAAGAUGAAGAUAACCCAGAAUUAAAAGAUGACGAAGAGUAUAUUAAAGUACCACCACUGUCAACGGAUACUACUUCUAAGAGGAGGGCUCCACUGCCACCAGACGAAGGGGCCCUCUUAGAGGCUAGGUUACUGAGAUUCAAGGAAAUGAAGAUGCACGCAGUUAUUCGCGAGAUAGUCUUGUAUAUGGUGUAUUUGUUCCUGCUUAUGAUGUGUGCAUAUGGCAAUCAAGACCCAGUGUAUUACCAUCUUAAGAAUUCCUGUGAAAAUACGUUCGUCAGAAGCAACUAUCCAGAAGAUCUGAAAUUUUCAAUGGAAAAGGUUGUAGACAGAAAAUCAUUUUGGGUGUGGACUGAUAAGAUUCUACUCCCAGCUCUUUACGAAAGACAGUGGUACAACGGCCAGAUAGACCCUGGAAAAUUCGUGGCAGAUCGGCAAAACUUCUUGGUCGGUACAGCACGUCUUCGCCAAGUCAGAAUCAAGCCGGGUAUGUGGAUAGUCAUUUCCUGUGACUGA